UUCAUAUUCGUGAGCGAUUUUCAGUCGGAAUUUUUGGAAAUAAUACAAAAAAUACGCGAUAAAUACACUCAAUCAUUAAGUGGUUAUGAUUUUUGGUGACAUUUUUUUAUAAAAAUUGUGUUAUUAUAUGUGUUAAAAUGAAUUUAUUCAGACGAUAGUUCCAAAGGCAAUAUGGCAGUCUUAACAUUAAAUCUUAAAAUAUUGAGUUGGAAUUAACUAUUUGUGUUGUGUUAAAACCGUUGGAUUAUAUGACAGGUGGCCAAAGGAUUUGAUUCGUGUUUCAGUGAUUUUAAGAUCCCGUGAUAGAUCUAUAAAACAAUCUGGUGUGACCAAAGAGAUGCGCGUGCGUGUUGCGCGACACGCCGCCGGCUGAGCAGCAUGGAGGCGGCGUGGCUGGUUCUAGCCGCCGUGUUCUUGGCGGCGCACGCGCAGAACAAUAGAAAUGACGGUCCACGAUUCCUGUCCCGCGGACACUCCUUCAGGACUGUAGUGGGAGAUACGUUGCUGCUGCCGUGCCAAGUCCAGAACUUGGGAUCCCUCGUGCUGCUAUGGCGUCGUGGGCCGGCGGUGCUGACCGCUGCCAGCCUCAUGGUGACGAGGGACGAGAGGUUCCGGCUGGUGGACGGUUAUAACCUUCAGAUAACUGAUGUUGGUCCGCAAGACGCAGGCGAUUACGUCUGCCAAAUAUCGGACAGGGUCGCCCGCGACCAAGUUCACACUGUCGAGGUGCUGGUGCCGCCCAGCGUCAGGGCGUCUCCGGAGUCCAAACACGCAGCAGCCAGGAGGGGGGGCGCCGCUGUCCUCGAAUGCAGGGCUUCAGGGAACCCAGUACCCAGCGUGGUUUGGACGAAGCUUAACGAGUCCACCGCCCGCCUGGGGGAGGGCGCUCAGCUUCAGCUGCCGAGGCUGGAGAGGCGGCACAGCGGCAGGUACGCUUGCACGGUGGAUAACGGCGUAGGACCGCCGAUAGUCACGGAGUUCCAGCUUCAAGUCCUAUAUCCCCCAGAAAUCACCGUGGAGCGGUCAUGGGUUCACACGGGCGAAGGUUUCAGAGCUGAAUUACUGUGCACAGUUCACGCCGACCCCCCGGCCGAGGUGUCAUGGUAUCAGAAUUCGUUCCCGCUGAGCGCCUCUGAACGAAUCACGAUGUCCGCCCGCGGGAAUAACCACACGCUCCUCAUUGCGAAUGUGCAACCCGAGGACUUCGGCAAUUACAGCUGCGUGGCUGACAACAGCCUGGGCCGCGCGCGGCAGCACGUGGAGGUGUCGGGGCGGCCCGGGCCCGCGCGGUUCACGUCCCCGCCGCUGGCGGCCAGACCCGACGUCUACCGGCUGGCCUUCGCGGUCGACAGCUACCCGCCGCUGGAUGAGCUGAGGCUGCUGUAUAGACAGCUCGCUAUCAACGAGUCGUUCCAGCAGCCGGGCCGCUGGCACGACGUGGUGCUGCCUGCGCCCGCGCCGGCCGGCGAGCUCGCGCACCGCGUCUCCUACGAGCUGCGGGGGCUGCAGCCGGCCGCGGUCUACGAGGCGAUAGUGCAGGCGAAGAACAGAUACGGAUGGAACGAGGUCAGCGACAUCUUCCAAUUCCACACAUUGGGCGGUCACACGGCACACGCCGACGAAUUGACGCCAAUGUUCUCAUCAGCUGUCAGAAUGACACUGACAAGUUGGCUCGCGCUCAACGCUUUAUAUACUCUGCAAGCGCUCGCCUGAUUGGCGGACGGAUUCGACGUUCCACAUUUGAAUUUUCAAUCGUGAAACAGCGAUCGGACAGUGACACCAAUAUGAUACUUAUGUGCCGUGUGUCUUAGUUUGGAAUCCGCUUGUAUGAUUGAUUCGCGUUAAAACUGGUAGAAGUUU